AUGGCAUUUAAUGAUCAUUCCCUAGUUAAAGGAAUAGAAUCAUUAAAUAAUAGAAAUUCCGUUUCGAGCGAUUUAGAUUGGAAUAAUAAAAAUUCACAAUUUAAUCAAAACAUACCUCAAAGAAGUACUUGGUUAUCAGAAAAUGUUCAAAUUGUUUCAAAGUCUAGUUCUCAACGUGACAGUUGCAUCUCAGCUAGUUCAAUCAAAUCGAAUGCAUGGAGCGAAUCCACGAAUGUUUAUACAAAUGCAAACAAAUCAAUUAAAAUAUCAUAUUCUAGACCCGUUCUAAAAGGCUUAAUUCUUGGUCUACUAGUUGGCUGUAUUGUUCUUGCUACAAUUAUAACUAUAUGGUUACAACCAAUCACAGCAAUUACUACAACAACGACAGUAACUACAACAACAUCAUCAACAAGUACGACAAGCACAACAACUACAACAACAAGUACCACAAGCACAACAACUACAACGACUCAAACUACAUCAACAACUACUACGACCACUACAACAACUGCUGCUCUCAAUAUAGUUUAUUCUCAAAGUUUUACGAGUGGCGUCACUCCCUCAAGCGCAUGUACGGCAUGGACAAAUUUUGUUGCUCAACUGACACCUUUACCGUAUACCUUAUUGCAAAUGAAUGGUACAUAUGAUUCAGUUGGUGUUACAAUCACUGAUUCUACUGUGAUAGCUGCUAUUGCUGUAGCUUUACGAACGGCAGCUGCAUAUGGACCCGUAACAACAAACGGUCGUUCAUGGCAAGUCGGCGCUUGUGGGACUGGAUCUGAAUUGAGUGCUGCUGGUUCUAUUUGUAUGUGCCCAAGUCCAGAUUAUCUCGUUCGACCAUGUAUAGUUAUACGUCGAACUCACUGGUUAUCACGCCAAAAUCAUUGUUUCAAUUCAACAAUGCACAACCAAAUUGAAUCUCAACAUUAUCUUUAUACACCAAGAAUUUAUGUUGAUAAACGACCAUUACAUUGGUUUAUUAUGUUUAUUUCGUAUUUAUUUAUUUUUCUUCUUGUUCUCGAAUCCGUAGCAUUAAUUGUAUUGGGUGCAUGGCAUCUAACCACUCCACGACUUGAAAAUGUGCUUAAAUUUUCAAGUGAAAUCUAUCGAAGAGAAUUAGGUUUUGGUAUUCUUCUUGUAAUCAUUGGAUCAUUAGGUAUUAUUGCUAGUAUUAUUGGAAUUAUUGCUUUAAUUACAUCACGAAUAUUAUUAUUGAAAAUAUAUGUAUCUUGUUUAUGGUUAUUCAUGAUUCUUGGUAUAGCUAUAGGAAUUAUUGGAAUUAUUUUUGCGUCUCAAGUCAAUGACUUUUUAGCCAAUGAUCAAAAGAACAAUCCAAAUUUAGUAGCGAGUAAUUAUUAUCAAGAACAAUUUCUAUUAGGUAUGAAUGGUGGAUUAACUUUACUCAUGAGUGUAACAAUACUUGUUGGUAUUAUUAUUCUUCACUGUUUAAUUAGCGAUACAAGUAGUGGUUCGUAUAUUCGAUCAAAAUGA